UUUUAAGCAUCUAAUGAAAGUUAGUGCAAUCGAUAUCACGGAGAAUCUUUUCUUCGCCAUUUUCGGCAAAAAAGACACUGAAGACUUUACAAUUUCGUCCAGAAAGAAAGAGCAGCCAAAGUGGACGGUUUAUCUAUUCAAGAUAUCAUUCUCUUUAUACAUGCUUGUCAGCGUUAUAGUAUUGAUUAAUUUAUUAAUUGCUAUGAUGAGCGAUACGUAUCAUAAAGUGAUAUCACAGAGUGAUAUCGAAUGGAAGUAUGGUCUUAGCAAGCUAAUACGUAAGAUGCAAAAAACGAGAACUGCGCCAAUCCCAUUAAAUCUUAUUACCACAUGGGUUGAGUAUUUGAAGAGUGUCUAUGUAAGAAAACGAAUUGCAAAGCAAAAGAUUGGCAGGUCCCAUGGAUACAUAGAACCCAAUAUGCAUCAAAAUGACUUUCCGAAAUAUCCACUUUCUGCCAAUAAUAGAGUACUUCCAUUAUCACGAACGAAGGACAGCGUCAAUUUUUCAUUACUCCAAUCGAGUCCGGCCAACAGUCAAAGUUCCUUGAAUAAUAUUUCGAGGAUAGACAACGUCGUCGACUGGGAUACAAUUCGUCGAAAAUAUCGCAUGCAGUUUUGCGACGAAAUCGAGAAACCGUCCGAUGGAGUAGCAAAGCUUACUGGAAUGGCUUAAACAGU